UUUCUCUUUCCCUCCCCCCCCUCUUUUUUUUCUUCCCUCUGUUGCUGUGCGGAGUUCAGCCCUGGCACAGCAGGAGCAUCAUGGAUGAGAUGCUAGCAACAGAUGCUGUGCGCCAGGACUUGCAUUCAUAGGGUUUAUUUAAAACUGGUCUGGAGGGGAAAGAAGGGGGGCAAAAAUCCCCAAACCUAAAAAGAAGAACAAUCGUCAUCUGUUACAAUAAAUCAUCAACCCUCCAAAGCAAGCAACUACUCCCCUUCGCUGACUGACUGGUAGCUGCUCUCAGACCCUGCUCCGUGGGGUACCGCACAAGCUCGGGUGCAUACGCACACGCAGACCUCGCUUUCUUAGCCAUGUCGGGCCCGGGAGCCAGCUGUGCAGUGGAUGGAGAGGAAAGGAGCCCCUUCGCUGAUGGGGGAAAAGAAAGCCCAUUAGGGUCAAAAGCCGAGAGCAGCGAGGGGAGCGCCAGAUAUCGCCAGCAGAUUGUCUGGAGGAAUGUUGUCCUAAUGACAGUGCUUCACAUUGGCGCUGUCUACUCCCUCAGCCUCAUCCCCAAGGCCCAGCUGCUUACUUUGAUCUGGGCAUAUCUGUGUUUCCUAAUGACGGCUCUGGGGGUAACAGCUGGUGCACAUCGUUUAUGGAGUCACAGGUCCUACAAAGCCAAGCUGCCUUUGAGGAUGUUCCUGGCUGCGGCCAACUCCAUGGCUUUUCAGAAUGACAUUUUUGAGUGGUGUCGAGACCACCGGGUGCAUCACAAGUACUCGGAGACGGACGCUGACCCCCACAAUGCAUGUCGUGGCUUCUUCUUCUCCCACAUUGGCUGGCUCUUUGUCCGCAAGCACCGCGAUGUCAUCGAAAAAGGCAGGAAACUGGAUUUCACUGACCUGCUGGAUGACCCCGUUGUGCGGUUUCAAAGAAAGUACUAUAAGAGUUCGGUAGUGCUAAUGUGCUUUGUGAUCCCCACCCUGGUGCCCUGGUACAUCUGGGGGGAGAGUCUGUGGAAUUCCUACUUCCUUGCUUCCAUCCUUCGUUACACCAUCUCUCUCAACGUAACCUGGCUGGUCAACAGUGCAGCUCACAUGUACGGCAAUCGACCCUAUGACAAGUACAUCAGCCCCCGGCAGAAUGCAUUUGUCACUUUAGGAGCAAUUGGUGAAGGCUUCCACAAUUACCAUCACACCUUUCCAUUUGAUUAUUCAGCCAGCGAGCUUGGCUUGAAAUUCAACCCAACCACAUGGUUCAUUGACUUCAUGUUUUGGUUGGGGCUGGUUACUGACCGAAAACAGGCUCCCAAGGAGAUGAUCUUAGCCCGCAAAGAGAGGACUGGUGAUGGCAGUGCUUGAAAAUGUAACAUUUCUGUGUAAAUCUACGCUGUCGUGUGUGUAUGUAUGUGUGUGCGCGUGCAUUUUUUCUUUGGGAAAAGUAGUGU